CGAACCCAGUGCUCUCUCGGGCAUCUUCAUGCGCCAGAACUCUGCCAACGCCGUCUCUCUGGACUUCGAGCCUGAUGCCGACUACAAGUUUGUUGAAACCUUAGAAGACCGGUACAAGUGUGCCUACUGCCACCUCGUCCUUCACAAUCCCCACCAGACAGGAUGUGGGCACCGAUUUUGUCAGCAGUGCAUUCUUUCUUUGAGAGAAUUGAAUGCAGUACCCACUUGUCCUGUCGACAAAGAAACGAUAAAAAUGCACGAGGUAUUCAAAGACAACUGCUGUAAAAGAGAAGUUCUCAGCUUGCAUGUGUUCUGCAAAAACAUUCCUGACUGCAAUUCAAAAAUAAUUCUGGGACGAUAUCAGGUUAGUGGUUUAAUGUGCUGUUGCGUGUUGCAGGAGCAUCUUCAGCAGUGUUUGUUUGAAAGCGUGCAAUGCACUAAUGAUGGAUGUUGUGAUCAAAUUCUUCGGAAAGACUUGAAAGAGCAUUUGAGCCAGCACUGUAAAUUUCGAGAAGAAAUGUGUCAGUACUGUAGUAAAUAUGUGGUGUUAAUUAACAUAAAGAAUCAUGAGAAAAAUGACUGUCCUGAUUAUCCUGUGCCUUGUCUCCAAAACUGUUCACAAAUAAUUCUGAAAAAGGAGGUUGAAAAGCACCACGCGGUGUGCCCUGAGGCAGAAGUGGACUGCCCGUAUAAGCAGUACGGCUGUCUUGUAAAGGUGAAAAGAGGGAAACUUGCCGAACAUGAAAACGGCGCCCUGAGGGAACACAUGCUGCAGAUUUUAGACAAGAACUCCCGGUUGGAAGAACAGAUAUCUGACUUGUAUAAGAGUCUGGAAUGUAAAGAGAUUAAAAUCCAGCAGCUAGCAGAGGCCAUUAAAAAGUGUGAGAAAGAAUUCAGACAGUUUACACAACUGUUUGGUAAAAAUAGCAACUUGAUGGUAAGCACACAGGCUCUGGCCAGUCACCUGGAUAAGUCUGCGCGCCUGGAAUCGCAAGUGAAACAGCUAAUACAGAUGGCAAACCAGCAACAAAGCAAAUUGGACUUGCGACCCCUGUUUGACACAAUUGAAAAUGUAAAACAGAAGAUUGCCCUCAUGGAGACAUACGAUCAGCGCUUGGUUGUUUUGGAAGGUCAGUCCAGCAAACACGAUCUCCAGAUCAAUAUUCACAAAGCACAGCUCAAUAAAAAUGAAGAACGAUUUAAGCUUUUGGAAGGCACGUGCUACAAUGGGAAAUUAAUUUGGAAAAUCACGGACUACAAGAUGAAGAAGAAAGAAGCGGUGGAAGGCCGUGUCCUCUCCAUAUUCAGCCAGCCCUUUUACACCAGCCGCUGCGGGUACAGGUUAUGUGCGAGAGCCUACCUGAACGGGGAUGGCUCAGGAAAGGGAACACACGUCUCUCUCUACUUCGUAGUGAUGAGAGGGGAAUUUGACUCGCUGCUACUGUGGCCUUUCAAGCAGAAAGUUACACUUAUGCUUUUGGACCAAAGUGGGAAAAAAAAUCACAUUGUGGAAGUCUUUAGAGCUGACCCCAAUAGCAGCAGUUUCAAAAGGCCGGACGGAGAGAUGAAUAUUGCCUCUGGAUGUCCACGCUUCGUGCCGCACACAGUCCUGGAGAACACAAAGAACACCUAUAUCAGAGAUGACACUCUGUUUUUGAAAGUGGUUGUGGAUUUAACCGAUCUGGAGGAGUUGUGAAAAGUGUGCCCGAUCAAUGCGACUGCUUUAACCGUUAAGAAAUGCUUUCUUGGUGACUACCAGCCAUGCAAUAGUGAAUUGCCACUAGUCAAGCUACUGAUAAUGCUUCGAGGCUUUUGGACUGCAUAACAGAUAAUGAAUUGCCAAAGCAUCAGCCUUUCCUUUUUUAACCUUUUUUUUCAAGACUGCAUUUUUAAGGCAGCUAGAAGUCCAGUUUGAUGCGAACAUGCAUUCGAUCCAGACUUGGCUCAGUCCAGGUGGGGGGCAAUGCUUAGCUCCCAUCACCAGACUGGCGUUUGGAGAUGAAACUCCUCCAGUAAGCCCCCUGGAGCCCAAGCAGGCCUGUGGGCUCCCGUCCCUCACACAGAACUGAAGCCAUGCCCAAGCGUGCAAGUGCAUUUCACCUGCCUGAAAUGGAAACAUUUCAACAUUAGCACAUUUGAAUCAAUGUAUCUUGAUCCCUCCGUCUCCUAGAUUUUUGAAGCGGGGAG